AUGAGGUUGGCCGCCGUGGCCGGAAUCGGUCAGGAGAACAUCAUCAUAUACAUCUACAAAGAAAGUGGCAACCACGCAAUGGAAAAAGGAAAAGAGGAAGACGGGCAGAGAUGGAUAGAUGACAUAAGAAAAAUUGGAGGCGAAACCUGGCCUAGAAAAGCAAGAGAUAGAAAUGAGUGGAAGCAGCUGGAAGAGGCCUAUGUGUCACAGGACACGCUGAUAACAGAACCGGAAAACCAGACGUGU